AUGGAGAGCACAACUCCCACGGAAAAAGGCAAUGAUGUCCUGGGCACUGGGAUCCAGGAGGAUCUCACACUGGAGCAGCUGGGUUACCACCAGGAACUGAAACGAUCCUAUGGUCUGCUGGAUAUGAUCGGAUUCAGCUUCAGCAUUGUGACAUGUUGGUCUGCGCUGAGCGGAGCCUUCAUCAUUGGUGUCAGCGCCGGUGGUCCUCCCGUGAUUCUAUACGGAUGGAUAGGAACAUGCAUCCUCACCCUGGCCGUGGCCUGUGCAAUGGCUGAAAUGUGUUCGCGAUGGCCCGUCGCCGGUGGACAAUAUUCAUGGGUAGCCCUCAUGGCACCGAAAAGUAUUGCCCGUGAGAUGUCCUAUGUAACCGGCUGGUUUAUGCUGCUGGGCAUGCUUUCAAUGGGAGCGGCGAACAAUUCCUUCAUCGCCAACUAUAUACUGGGAAUGUGCAACCUCAUUUUCCCCGACUAUACCAUCGACCGCUGGCACAGUGUUCUUCUAGCCUAUCUCGCUGCUCUGAUCGGCGGUGCAAUCAACCUUUUUACGCCUCAUCUACUCCAUCGCCUAUCCCGAGCGGUCUUUAUAUGGAAUCUACUCUCAUUCGUGAUCAUUGUGAUUGUCUUGUUAGCCACCAACGACCACAAACAAGACGCAUCAUUCGUCUUCGUCGACUUCCAGAACAACACCGGCCUAGGAGCUGCUAUGGCCACCAUCGUCGGUAUCCUCCAAGCCCUGUUUGGCAUGUGCUGCUACGACACCCCAGUGCACAUGACCGAAGAAAUGACCCAUGCCUCCCGCGAUGCUCCCCGAGCCGUUAUCAUGUCCGUCGUAAUCGGCGCUGUGACUGGAUUCAUUUUCUUGGUGACGCUAUGCUUCUGUAUCGGCGACAUCGCCAGCACAGCUAACACGAGCACCGGUUCACCCGUGCUGCAAAUCUUCUACGAUUCCACAGGCAGCAAAGCCGGCGCUUGUAUCAUGGCCAGUAUGAUUGUCGUGAUUAUGUUUGUUAGUACUAUCAGUCUUGUGGCGGACGGUUCUCGCUCGCUAUAUGCCUUUGCGCGUGAUCAGGGACUUCCCUUUUCGGGAGUUUUGUCCAAGGUUGAUAGCAAGAAGCAUAUCCCUGUCUAUGCGAUUGUGGUCACGGUUAUUGUGCAGAUGGCGUUUAAUUCAAUCUAUUUUGGGACGGUGACAGGGUUCAAUACCGUUGUGUCUAUUGCUACAACUGGAUUCUACGCCUCAUACGCCCUUGCCCUUUUGGCCCGUUUGCUAGGCCACUUCUUCCGCGAAAAGAUCACCUUCUCAGGCUCCUAUUCCCUCUCCCUACCAAUUUCGCUGUCUGCAAACCUUAUUGGCUUCUUGUUUUUGUUAUUUACAUUCAUCACAUUCAAUUUCCCAUCCCAGGCACCCGUCAAUGAAGAAAACAUGAACUAUACGAGUGCCGCAAUCGGGGUUAUUGGAUUGUUGAGUCUUGUGACCUGGUUUACGACGGGGUAUAAACAUUUCCAUGGUCCUGCUGAAGCGAGGAUUGAUCCUACGAGUCCUGAUGAGACUAGUGAGAGCGAGACGCCGGUUGAGGUUAAGUCUUGA